AUGGCCGAGGCCUUGGGUCUAGCUUCGGGCGUUAUCGCUGUCGUGGACAUGGCCACGAAGGUUGGAGGGGCCAGCAUCAAACUCAAGAGACUCUGGGAUGAAGUCAACGAAGUGCCCUCCGUGCUUCUCGAGAAGGCGGAGCUCGUCCAAGGAUGGGAUGAGUUGUUUGAACAGGCUGAGCUUCAACUUGCCACUCAAACAUUACCUGCUCUGGUUAACAACAAAAUGUUGCUUCAAAAAUCUGCUAAAAAAGCUCGCUGUAUCCUAGCUGAGCUUCAAGUGAUGAUCGAUGGAUUUCUUGAACAAUCUACCAUCGGGCGAAGAUACAGACGCAAAGUAGGAUCAACCAAGGUCGUUCUUCGAAAGAGUGAAGUCAAAGCUCUUGAUGAGAAGUUAGACGAGGCUUUGACUCAGUUUCAGAUGGCACAGUCGCUGUACACAAUGGCGACGCUGAUGCACAAUCCUAUCCUGUCCAUCGAAAGCCAAUCACCGCAUUUAUCCGAGUCUCCCAAGAAUCAGGGCACCUCGGACCCUUCCAUAGCCCACUCGGAUUCCGGCGACGAGAGUGCCGACGACAAAGUCACCCAUACCACAAGCGAACCCCAUGUCAACUUUUCAGUUUCGGCCAGCCGGACGGUGGUUGGCAAAGCCCAUUUCACACUCGGCUCUCUUAGUGGAUUCCAGUUUUCCUUAAGGACACCAGACUGGCUUUCUUCAUCUGUGUACUGCGUGGUGGCUUCCAAAAGCAUCAGAGGGUGGGACCUCCAUCUCAGAGCUUACGAAGUUGUUCCAGAUUUCCGGACCACUGGUCUGAUUGAUCAUUUCAUAAGCGACGACGCCCUGGCUAUUUUCAAAUUUCUUGAGAAGAACAGCAGCUGGGCGAAAGAGCCCAAGGAUCCUAGGACCGUGGAGAGGGAAAGACUCCACGAAUGGCAAAAUGAGGAGUUGCCUCCUUUGAUCUGGUCGGAAUAUCGCAAGAUUCGACCACCAGUGUAG